AUGAAUCUCCUGAACUCCGAUGAUGCGUUAUUAAUGAUUAACACUUUAUUGAACUCCUCCGAUUUGUGGCCAUUAGCUCCGGCGAAUCUCAGCCAGCUGCCACUAGCUCCGACGGCGAUUAACUCCUCCUCUGAUUUGUGGCCAUAUGUUCCGGCGAAUUUCGGCCAGAUCCAGUACGAGGAAAGCAACAUUUCAGCCAGCGCCGUAAAACUCGAGGACUCGGCUCACUUUAACAUUGAUGCCAAAACGACGCCGGAAAAGAAACGUGGGAGAAGACCGACGCACGGCAGAGAAGAGCCGAUGAACCACGUGGAAGCCGAGCGGUUGAGACGCGAGAAGCUAAACCAGCGGUUCUACGCGUUACGAGCGCUUCUGCCAAACGUAACGAAAAAAGAAAAGGCGUCGAUACUUGAAGACACGGUUACGUACAUUAACGAACUGAAACUAAACGCGGAAAACGCUGAAACGGAGAAAAACGCGAUUGAGAACCAGCUCAACGAACUCAAGGAAAAGAUAGCAGGAAGGAGAAACGGGAGUUCUAGCGUUUGUAGCGGCGGGGAAAAGACGCCGGAGAUUGAGGUGAAGAUCGACGUGAAGGUUAUGGAUCGUGAUGCGCUGAUUAGACUGGAGUCGAGCAAGAACAACCAUCCUGGAGCGAGACUGAUGAAUGCAUUUAUGGAUUUGGAGGUAGAAGUGAACCACGCGAGCAUCUCGGUGAUGAACGAUCUCAUGAUUCAACAAGUGACGGUGAAGAUGGGGUCGAGGGUUUACAAGCAAGAGCAGCUUCGGGACUUGUUGUUGUCAAAGAUUAAUUAG